AUGGCACCGAUUCAAGGGCUGCUUCGCCCGUUGCAAAAGGAUGAGACAUUCCCGGUGCAAAGCAGAACCCCGAACGCAUACAACCCACUUUACUCCUACCGGCUGUUACGAGGGGAGAACAAACACUAUGUGCAGCAAUAUGGCGACAUGUACUUCCUCCGACUCGCAAAACUCAAGCCAGUUGUUGAAGCUAUAGCGUCUGAAGAUUGGGAAGACUUCGAGAUUGCGGGAGAAAAAGCCCAAAGAGUAGAAAGAGUCUUGGAUGUCCGACAGGGUCAACUAUGCUGGGUCGUGGGGACAAUUUACAUGGACAUGCCCUUGAAGCCAAACAUCCUCGAGGAUAUCUCGAAAGAACACUGGGUAGCAGGACCUCCGCCGCGUCACCCCUACUACUCCGAGAACGGAGAUACACAAGUCAUGUUGGAAGACGAAUCUGGUCGUUUACGGCUCACAGGAGCAAUGUUGAAGAACAGCUUGCUAGUCACUGGCGUUAUUGUCGCAGUUCUUGGAACGGAGAACGCCAAUGGGGACUUUGAGAUCCUGGACCUGCACAUUCCCGACCUGCCGCCGCAGCCAAAGAGGUGGGAAGGGGACCCAGUUGAAGAGAAAAUGGACGUUGAUCAGCCACGGAAGAAGAUCGCGAUUGCGAGCGGCCUAGACAUCUCAGGAACAGAUGCGGAUACGUUGAAUCUGUCCUUAUUGACUGAGUUCCUGCUCGGCGAAUCCUUGGAUGCGGAAGACAGACAAGAGGCCACCACAAUAUCCCGCUUGAUAAUCGCCGGGAACUCUGUUGCUUCGGACCUGAUUGCUCACCAGACGUCGAUUGAGGACGGCAAGAAACCUGGCAACCGAAAAUAUGGCUACGACUCUGCAUCUUAUAAUCCUACACCGACCGCUCACCUCGAUCAAUUUCUCGCCGAACUGCUUCCCAGCAUACCCAUUACACUAUUACCAGGGGAACAAGAUCCAGCAAAUGUUAGCAUGCCUCAACAACCGAUCCACCCUGCCAUGUUCCCACAUUCACGCGCCUAUACCACCGCUAAUGUUAGCGACCCUGAAGAAGAAGAGCCUGGAUGGCUAGACAACGUCACAAAUCCCUGGGAUGGCGACAUUGAAGGGUGGCGGUUCAUGGGAAACAGUGGUCAACCAGUCGACGAUAUCCUCAAGUAUGUGGAUUAUGGCGGUCCUGAGGGAAAAGGUGCCGAUGGACGGCUCGAAGUCAUCGCCAGCAUGUUGAGAUGGAGAUGCGGUGCGCCUACAGCACCAGACACGUUAUGGUGCUACCCUUUCCAAGACCGGGAUCAGUUCGUGAUGGAACAAUGCCCGCACGUUUUCUUUGUCGGCAAUCAGCCCAGAUUCGACACGACCGUUGUUGACGGACCUGGCGACCAACAAGUGCGAUUGAUCACGAUUCCAAGGUUCCAUGAGACCGGAGAGCUAGUCUUAGUCGACGCCGAGACUCUGGAAGUUGAGUUGGUCAAGUUUGACAUUCAUGAUCCUUCGACAGCUCUGAACGGAUCAUGA